UCGGUCAGGAUUGGUGUUUCGGUCAGGAUUGGAAAUUUGUCAUUAGUAGAUGAAGAACUACUAUAUCGUGUUUUGAGAAGAGUUGCGUUAGGGGUUGAAUACCAUCAUGUUACAUGGCCAUCUGAGGUUGAGGAUCACUGGUAUAGAUAUAUAAUGGGGUGGUAUUUUUCCUGGUUGCUUAAUUAGUUAUAAAAUCAUCACUUUUAUUUUACUGUCUUUUUAUAGAUUUUAUUUGACACAUGACAAUUACUUUUCAGGUGUGCAUAACUAUCAUUUAUCAAGUUUACACGGUAAUUGGGAUGGACUAACAGAAGCAUAUUUGACUGUAUUUGGAAAAGAAAUGACAUAACAUUUUGGACUGAGAGCUGCAACAAAGUUCAUCAGGUCUCUUCAAAGAUAAUUGAGGAACUUUGUAUGUUUCUUACUUUACAUCUUACCCAAGACGACAUACCUCAUAGGAUUUAAAAUGUCAAUUCACGUUAAGUUGCAUUCCCCCUUUUCUAGCAAUUAGUGGUACAGUACAGUAUAUCCAAUAUGAAGUUUGGUGUUCUUUAGUUUCUCUUCUUCUAGCAAGUAAUCUGUGUGAAACUAAUUUGAUUGCAAUUAUUUCCAUGCCUUAUUUUACAGUCAACAACAUACUGAAACUUUUACCAAGGGUUGCACAAGGAAGAACAAAUAGGAAUGGUCUUUUUGUCACAAUGAUUAUUCAUGUAAUGUAGAAAUAAUGGCUGGAGAUUGGUUACAGAUGUACAAUACCAAACUAGUUGAAAUGUGUGAAAUACAGUAUGGAGGAUGUUAGAGCUUUUCCUUGAAAUACAUGGGAUAGUUGAAAAGCAAUCGCCAUUGCAUUGCAUGUUAAUUGUCAAAUGCAGAUUAAUGCACUUUCUCAUCAGUCCUCAUAUCACUCUGUCUUUCUCUUGUAUAACUGUUCUGGGAGUCCUUUCAUAAAGAGGCGAAGGAAAAAAACGAAAUCAGAUGCUUUUAGCACCAUCUACUGGUCUACAGGCGAUGUACCGUAUAUUCAAUAGCGUUUCAGUAGGACCCGCAGGUCUACUUAAUACUCUUGUUGAUUUCUACCGAAGAUUUGUUGUGAACAAGUCAAACAAAAAUGGCAUAGUUUAAAUACUUGUUUCAUCAAACAGAGUUUGCCACGGUGAGGUGUGAUUUUAUAAAUGUAUGUAUUUUUGCCGAAAGUGCACUUCACAGUCAAUUCUUCACUGUGAAGAAACAUAUGUUCACUCUAGGCUGCAUCCAUCUGUUUUUUGUUUUGUUUUUGUUGGCAAAAACAAAGCAAGUUGUAAGAGCUUGAGGAAACACCUGCUGUUUCUCUUGGGGAAAAUAGAAAAACAAUUAGGUAAUAAUCCUUUAGUAUUGUGGAGUUUUUGUUAUUGAAAGCUUUAAAUUGUAUGCUAACAUGGGUAACUUUUUUCUCAUUAGACUGGUUCAUGUGCUCCAGCUACAUAAUGCAGUGUUGGAUCCAAUUACGCAGCCCAACAUUCAUCUGAAUCAGGAGACAAUCAUUAGACCAGAGCAAACUAAAGAAAAUGUUAGCUGACAGAAUCCAUAUGUGAGAAAAGGGUAGAGGCAUGAUGUACUCCAAACAGGAUUGUCGACAACAUUCCAGGUAAACGCUGCAGAUGCCAACUCAAUUGGAAAUUACCUUUGAAUGUCAAGCGAGCUGUAAUCCGGUUAUGGAUUGAAUCCAGCCAAAAUUGUGUCAUGUCAAAUUAACAAUUAGAAAAGAUCAACAGCACAAUAUGACUGUGACAUAUAUAUAUAAUAUAUAAUAUGACUGUAGGCGCCAUACUAGAGGGCAGAACAUAGAGAUAAACACAUGUAUCAAUCUCUAUGGGGUAAACACAUUUAAUGACUCUCCAAGGAUUCAAGGCUGUUGGAGAGACGUGCUGAGAAUAUGGGACAGGAAGAAGAUUGAGCAAACAAGUCAAGCCUGCUUUUCAUGUGUUUUGGGUGUGUUGUUUUACAGUCAAGUCAUAGACAUUACAGAUACACAGAGUGGUCAAAGUAGCAUAUACUGCAUUUCCUUUGAGUAGGUUAUUAAGGGGCACAGUGACAACUUGUUUCAUCAUCAGCCUUUCAGGUCAGUGCAAAAGGACACCUGUACUGGAAACUAGGAGCAGUGACACUGUUAGUAGUGUCACGGUCUCAGGUUACAGUCUCCUAAAAAAAAACAAUCUGGAGUAGUCAGAACUGCCCUCUGACAUUAUGUAAUAAAUACACAGUUUCUUAUGACUGGUGUGUAGUAGAGUACUUGGCAGCUCUCUCUCUCUCUCUCUCUCUCUCUCUCUCUCUCUCUCUCUCUCUCUCUCUCUCUCUCUCUCUCUCUCUCUCUCUCUCUCUCUCUCUCUCUCUCUCUCUCUCUCUCUGUUUCUCUCACGCUACAGCCAACGUUUUCUGUUUAGGGGGCAGAGCCAAGGUCAUAUUUUCUAGGGGUGGAGGAGAGGGGGAGGGUACGUAGUUGACCCCUCCCCCUUUUGCUACUGCAACUUUCUCUUGUGCUCUCGGGGCUGCAGGGAGGCAGAGCUGCAGAGCACAUGGCGAAAUUAUUUUUCGAACGAGGCUCCUUUAAAUCCGGGGGAUUACGGUGUCAUAGACAAGAGAAGCCUGUGUACUUCCUGUUCUGUCAAUUGAAUGGGAUACACGGAAUUCGUGAGUUUGUGCGUGUGUAUGUAAUAGCGAUAACGAGGGGGGAGGGAAUAUGAACUGAAUGUACACACUUGCCGGAUAAUGUAAUAAUGCUCUGAUCACAGUGGAGUGAGAAGUUACACAAAAGAGGAGAUAUAAUAGGCAGUCCCACUCCAUCACAAGGUCCUUUAUGCAAGUUGUUUACUGGCUGUGCCCCUGCCCUUCACCAUGACUCUCCUAACCCACGUGCUGGCAUGUCUCUUUGGCAUGGGCUCCUGGGUGGCCAUCAACGGGAUGUGGGUGGAGCUCCCCCUCAUAGUGCCUGAAAUCCCAGAGGGUUGGUACCUGCCCUCUUACCUCACUGUGCUCAUCCAGAUGGCCAACGUGGGGCCCCUUUUCGUCACCCUCAUGCACCGCUUCCGCCCAGGCAAGCUGGACGAGCGGCCCGUCAUCUACUCCAUAGUGGGCCUGGGUGUGGUCGCCACCUUCCUCCUGGCCUUCUUCUGGAAGCACACGGUGUCCCUAGCGGGCGCUGCGCAUAGUGUCCCCCUCCUAGUGCUCUGUUUCCUACUCUCUGUGGUGGACUGCACCUCCUCGGUCACCUUCCUGCCCUUCAUGAUGCGCCUCGGGCCCCAGUACCUCACUACGUACUUUGUAGGGGAGGGCGUUAGUGGCUUGGUGCCUGCCAUAGUGGCUCUGGUGCAGGGGGUGGGGGUGGUUCACUGUCGGAAUGCUACAGUGGCUAGCUUAGCCAAUGGGACCUUAGGGAUUAACUCCACGGUAGGGGCCAGUGGAGAGCUCCAGGCUCAAUACCAGCCUGCUAACUUCUCGGCCCAGGUCUUCUUCCUCUUCCUCAGUGCCAUGAUGGUGGUGUGUCUGGCCGCCUUCCUCUUGCUCAACCACCACCCGGCCGUGGCCAGGGAGAGGAAGCGCGAGCACUACUUCAACAGAGGCCUGGCAGAGGAGAAGAGUGACCAAGCCCUGUCCCUGUCUCACAGACCUCAAGAAGAGAAGCCCAUGAUCAGUUCUCCGGAUGGCCACCGGAGAGCCCGGCGGAGCUCCUUCGGGACGGGCUUCUACAGUGGGCCGGAGGUGACGUUCAUCUUUGUGGUUCUGGCUUGGGUCAAUGCCCUGACCAACGCAGUGCUGCCCUCAGUGCAGUCUUACUCCUGUCUGCCCUACGGGAACCAGGCCUACCAUCUGGCGGCCACCAUGGCAGCCGUGGCCAACCCCGUGGCCUGCUUCAUCGCCAUGUUCCUGCCCUUAAGGUCGUUGGUGCUGAUUGGGCUUCUGACAAUAGUUGGGACAGGGUUUGGUACUUACAUCAUGGCCAUGGCUGCACUGAGCCCCUGUCCUCUACUGGUCCACAGCGUCUCAGGCACCGUACUCAUAGUGAUCGCCUGGAUGUUGUUUGUCCUGACCCUCUCCUAUGUGAAGGUGAUCAUUGGGGUGAUCCUUCGGGAUGAGGGCCACAGUGCCCUCGUGUGGUGUGGAGCAGUAGUACAGCUUGGCUCCAUGCUGGGUGCCCUGUCCAUGUUUCCCUUGGUCAGUGUCUAUGGACUCUUCAAAUCAGGGGACCCUUGUAACACCAUGUGCACAAAGUAGGGAUUAAGAUGUGGCUUACUGUUGAAACUCACUGUAGAAAACAAUAAUUGUUGACACUGGAAAUGUAUAUUUCAUCAUGUGAGUUUGUCUCUUUAAACUGAUUUUGACGUAUCUAGUCUGUUGCCAAAGCAAUUAAACAUCUCCCUAUGGUUGCGGAAGGAUCUCUUUGAAGCACAUCCUCAGAUUAGAAACUAAAUGGCACCAAACCAUUUGUGUUUGUUUUCUGUUGAAUAAAGUUGAAAAACAUAGGGUCUUAAUUUAAUCACCUUGUUGCAAGAUAGCUUCUUCUGCAAUGCAGGAGCUAUAAAACGUGUAUUGUAUUUGAGGUUUAAGGCUUCUGAAGUUUGCAAUUUCCACUUUGACAUUUCAGACUUAAUUUUCCCUUGUGAAAAAUGUUUCAUUCCCUAUAAAAUGUUCCAUGAAUUAUAAUCCACAUAACAAUUUACAUUUCCUGUUGCUGCAGGAUUAUUUUCCUGCUUUUGCAAACGGGCUCAAAUGAAGAUCUGAAAUCUGUAAAGUGUGGGAGGCCAACUUUUAUUGUUACAAAGACCACAAAGAUGAUCAUAUUUAAUUGCUAAGCUUUUUGCAAUUCUUCUUUAAAAGAAGCUGAAUGCCUUGGAAUAUGUUACAGGGACAAAACAGUGCCUUGAUUUUGGAGUUUCUAGUACUGCAAAUGUCAACCAAAAAGGUUAUUUAUGUUUAUUCUUUACCAGUCUAUGUCUAAUGUAUUUUUUUUCAAAACCAAAAUUUGUCUUACAUGCUUUGUAUACGACCUUACUGCAGUCAUAAUGUAAUGCACUGUAAUUAUGUAUGGCUCGAGUCAUUUAAAAUGUAUACAUAAAAAAAAAAGAUAUA